CGACACCGCUCCCCUCUGCUUAGCUGCUGUAUGAAGGCUCUAAAGUGGCUAAUCAGGGGCAAAGACUUGAGACCAGCAUCACCAGGCAGGUGGACCUGCUGCUCUGUUGUUAGGUGGACUACACACUGAGGUGUCUAAUGCUAGUCAAAGCUGGGGUCUGACUUACUGUCUGCAGAGCUGGACUUCUUGGGCGUCUCACUGAAAAAUGUGUUAGUUAGUGGUUAAACUUUUGAGGAUGGAUAAAAGAGGUGAUGUGAGUAACAGAGGGAACAAAUGGCAGAGGCUGCUCAGGUGGCAUCGAGGGCAGAAGGUUAACGAGGAAGGAGGAAAUGGAGUCAAGGAAGAGGGGAACCGAAAGGGUUUUCUGAAACUGAAUGUCAAUUGGAGAGACUGGUCAGUUGAUCCAGCAGAACAGUUUUAUUAUGUGUGGCUUCAGGUCAUGAUAUUUCCCAUCGUCUACAACUCUGUAAUCAUCAUCCUGAGAACAUGUUUCACUACAAUUGCGCUAAGCUACCUGCCUGUGUGGCUCACUCUGGAUUAUCUGGCAGAUCUCAUGUAUAUAAUCGACAUGAUCAUCACUGUUCACACAGGUUACUUGGACCAGGGCAUCCUGAUCAGAGACAUAAACCAGCUGAAGAAGCGUUACCUACACUCUCAACGUUUCUUGAGGGAUGUGGUUUCACUGCUGCCCACCGACCUGCUCUACCUUGUCUUUGGCAUCCAGACCCCUAUGGUGAGGAUCAACCGCCUGCUGCGAAUAUCUCGCCUAAAUGAGGCCCUGGACCGCAUGGAAACCAGGACGUCCUACCCAAACACUUUCCGCAUCUCCAAACUCAUGAUCUACAUCUUCGUGUUGAUCCACUGGAAUGCCUGUCUCUACUUUGCUCUGUCCAACUACAUCGGCUUCGGGAGUGAUCGCUGGGUUUACCCCAACAUCACAGACCCAGAGUUUGCCUCAAUGAGGCGUCAGUACUUUUACUGCUUUUGGUUCUCUGCACAGAUUUUCACCACAGUAGGAGACACCCCGUUGCCAAAAAGAGAGGAAGAGUACCUGUUUAUGAUUGCAGAUCUGCUCAUUGCUGUGCUGGUGUUUGCAUCGAUUGUUGGCAAUGUUGGCAGUGUCAUCACCAGCCUGAGGGACCGUGAUAAUGUCUUCUUCCCAAACCAUGAACUAGUGAAGGCAUACCUGCGUAGCCACCACAUCAGCAAAGAGCUCCGACAGCGUAUUGACAACUGGUACCAGCAUCUUCACAUCAACAAGAAAAUCAUGAGAGAAAAUGAAAUCCUGCAGCAGCUGCCCGUUCAUCUGAGGACAGAGAUUGCUGUCAGCGUUCACCUUCCAACACUCUCUAAAGUUACAAUCUUCCAGAACUGUGAGACGAGUCUGCUGGAGGAGCUGGUGCUCAAACUUAACCCUCAGGUGUUCAGUCCAGGAGAGUAUGUCUGCAGGAAAGGAGAUGUGGGCCAUGAAAUGUACAUCAUCAAAGAGGGAAAACUUGCUGUUGUUGCAGACGACGGGGUUACAGAGUUUGCUGUGCUGAGUGAAGGGAACUUCUUUGGGGAAAUUAGCAUACUAAAUAUCAAAGGUAACAAGUCAGGCAAUCGUCGUACUGCAAACAUCCGCAGCAUUGGCUACUCAGACCUGUUCAGCCUGUCUAAAGAAGACCUGACAGAUGUGCUGUCUGAGUUCCCUGCAGCAAAGUGUCACCUGGAGGAGAAGGGCAGACAGAUCCUCACAAAGAUGGGCAUGUUGGAGGAGAGUGGGGUGGGAGCGGAGGGGGAGGCAGAGAAAGUUGAAACAAAGAUACAAAGACUGGAGAAAAACUUAGAAACUCUGCAAACCAAACUGGCUCGCCUAAUGGUGGAACUGGAGUCAAGUAACCGCAAGAUGCAGGCCAGGGUGGAGCAGCUGGAGAGGGAGGUGGCAGCACUGGAGACUCAGCUACCAGAAGAUGGAGAAGAAGGAGAAAGAGCAGAGGGCAAAGGAGAGGGAAGAGGAGAGGGAGUGGGAGGGGAGGUGAGUUGGGAACGAGAGGAAGCAGAGGGAGAAGAAGAGGGGGGUUCAGAUGCAAAAGUGAAAAAGGAUCAGGGAGAGGACGGUAAAGAUGUGACCAAAGAGGGAGAUGGAGAGAGCACCAAAAGUACAAAAGAGGAUGUAGAGAGGGUGGUGGAGGGAGAUAAAUCAGGUGUGAAGGACCCAGGCAAUCAGGAAAAUGAAAUAGAGGACAGUGGAGAAAAGAGCAGAGAGAAAGGAGAUGACAGACCUGGGAAAGGAGAUGGAGCUGAGAUUGAACCUGAAGAGGAGAGAGAAGAGAAAAAUGAGGAGAGAGAAUCUGAUGAAGGGAGAGAAAACACCAAAGAUGAUUCAGAGGAAAGACAAAGAAGGUUGGAAGAUGACAGACAGAAAAAAUGA